AUGACUGCAGAUGUGCUCAAUACGGAUUGCCUCAUUCAAGUCUUUCAAAAUCUUGCUUUCUUUGAACGUGUUCGCCUUGAACGGAUGAACGCAUGUUACUCGAAUAUAACCGAAUUGAAUGUCGCUGAUUUUCUUGGAACGAACUCCGGCAAUUGCUAUCAACAGGACAGUCUGCUGUUUGCACCAACCGUGGUCGGUAUCGUAGAACGAUGUGGACGUUAUGUGCAUCGGAUAAGUUUUGGACAGAGGUGGCAAAAAAUAUCACAAGCAAUCGUUGAUACAAUUGCUGUUUAUUGCAAUCGAUUACGCGAACUUGACCUCAGCUGUGUGAUUAUGAACGCUGACAUAUCGGCACUUCUCGAUAAAACAGCCGAAAAUCUCGAGAUUUUUUCGCUCGAGGAGACGAGCUGGGUGAGAAAUGAAGACGGAAAUAAGGUUCAAGAAUACUUUUAUCGGAUGAAAAAAUUACGCAAAAUAAACUUGAGAAGAGCGAUGUUCAACUUGGAUAAACUCCACGAAUUGCCGGAAUGCUUAGAAUUUUUGGAACUCAGUGGAGCGCACAAAUUCCCUGUGGAAUCCUUCAAUGAAUUUCUCAAAACACAUCCGUAUCUGAAGGAACUGGCUCUAUGCCCGCUACCCGUCGCAGACCUUCUCACACUUGAAUAUCUCAGUAAUCUACCUCGGCUCAUAGAUCUUCAAAUUGGUUACGUUCUAAAAGAACCGUACGACUUCCCUAUGCUAUCACUUGCUUUGUGUGUUUCACUCCAAUCACUUCACUUCCAAUGUUGUAAUGCACUCACCACUCGCGAUUUACGUGUCAUAUUAGAAGAACUGCAAAAUUUGCGAUCACUAACAAUAAUCAACUGCGCAAAAAUAUUCGACUAUUCGUGUCUAUCGUUUUGUCGUCGCGUUGAACAGCUAACAAUCGCCAAUACAAUACAAAUAUCUGACGACGAUCUGACAUCAAUAGCUGUGCACCAACAACUUCGUUCGUUAACAAUACAGAGUUGUGUGAAUGUUACGAACGCAUCCAUUAUCAUCGUGCUACGAAACUGCACUCUUCGUGAGAUAACGCUAGUAAACUGUGAGAACAUCGGAGAUGAAACACUAUAUACGCUGGCAUCAUCUAAACAUAUCAUUCACAGUAUCGCCGUACAAGGCUGUCGCGCAGUAACUAGUAAAGGAGUCGCUGCCUUAGCGUUGCUUAAACACAUCGAUAAAUUGCGUGAACUCGACGUAAGUCAUAAUCGAAAUAUUGAUGAUAUGGCGAUUCUAUCGCUACACAACGGUCUUGUGAUGAAACGACGCAAGAAAGCGCUGUUGAACUCGAAUGGUGGAAAAGAUACCAAAACAAAUGGUAGAAACGAACCUAAUGAUAGCUAUAAUAAGCUUACAAUAUACGUAUUCAAAACGAGUGUAUCGAAGAAAGUUGACAAACGCGUUGACGAUCUAAUAACGUUGACCAACUAA